AUGUGUAAUUUCAGACGAGCUCACCUUCGGACAUGUCUGGAGAUGCUCAAGGACAUGGUUCCUCUUGGACCCGAAGCAUCUCGUCACACAACACUUGGACUCCUGAAUCGUGCUAAAGCAUUUAUAAAAAACCUGGAGGAACGUGAGAGACGCAGUCGUUUGUACAAAGAUCAACUCUGGAAAGAACAACGAUACCUGAAACGCCGACUGGAACAGUUAUCUGGCCCUGCCUCAAAUGGCUCAGAUGGACAAGUUGAGAUGGAUGAAGAUGCUGAUCUCAUUGCCCAUAAGCGCCAACAAAUGGAGAUGAAGAUCAAGGAAGCAGAGGAGGAAUGCACAUGGGGUGAAGAAUUGGAGCUGGAAGUGGAUCCUGAGGCUGUAGUUGGCAUGGGAAGUCAGCAGAAGCCUGGCGGUGUCCAUGUGACCCCCAUGUCUUCCAUGCAUAAUGGGAGAGUGGCAGAGGGGAAUCCAGACCAGGGUUCUAUUUCUUGUCUCUCUCCUCAAAGUUCUAGCUCUUCCAAUGCUCUCUCAGAACAGGAACAAGGUGAUGACAUAAAUGUCAAGGGUGUUUUGGAAUGCUUGAUGGAUGCCCAGGGAGCUGUGUACAAUGUGAUGUACAUGGCAGCAGGUGGAACUUUGGUUGCCAGUGAUGAAGAGUGUAAGCAAGAGAUUUGUGAAGAUACCGCUGUAUCAUGCGAAGUGGAAAUUCCUACCACAGCUUCUGAUCUGCCAUCUUCAUCUUAAAUAUCCUGAUGGGACUGUUUCUGAAUAAGCUUUUUUUUAUCGUUCCUCCCAUACCAGUCACCCAUCCCUUUUUUGUUAAGAUUCAUUUUCAGUAUUUGCUUUAUAGAAUCAUCCUUCUUGGCAAAAAUAUCUUGGAGGACAUAAUGAAAGCAUACAUUGCACAUGUUUCCUCAUCUCUGACUGUUUGAGAUGCAAAACAUGUUCUCUAUGAUAGAUUGAGGCUUUCAAAUAUAGGUCUCAUCUUUAUUUUUAUAGCAUGCUGAGAAAAAAGAGAAUUGAAAGUGAAGGGAAAGUGGAAAGGGAGGUAACACCUUAUUCAUUACAUUAAUAUGAACCCCUUUGGGCUUUCAUGUAUGUUAUGAAAUUCUCAUCUCUUGAUGUAGGGGUUAUUUGUAUUACUCAUCAGGUCUCUACAAUGGACAGUCAUUAUUUCAAUUAAAACGAACUCCCAGUGGCUGAAUGUUUUGAAGAAAUUCUUCCCAUGAUUUCUCUUCUGUUGUCCAGAAGGGUGUAAAUUUGUUGUCUGGAGAACCAGUGCCAAUCCUUGAGCUCUCCAGAGGAUUACUUUGCUGAUGUUCAUUAAGGAUUGUUGAGGAUCUCUCUAGUAUGAGAUUCGUUCUGAUAUUUAUUGUCUGCACUGGUCAUUGCAGAAACUGCUGGCCAGUGGUGAACCUUUUUUUCCUGUGACUACAGGUAUUUAUAUUUGAUUGAAUUGAAAUUGAAGUGUAAAAUUCAGUUGUUGGGAUGAGGGUCUUCUAUCUCAUCACAAGGUGACAGUGCUGAUGCUGCUUCUGCAUUCAUUGUUUGGUUCACUUCUGCCCUUGCUUCAUGAUCAGUUGAUUACCCCCCCCCCCCCCUUGAUUCCAUCCUACAAAGUUCAAACCUGG